AUGCAACCUUGGUUAUCAGAAAAUUUUCGAUCAAAUUCAUUUACUUCACAAUACGAGUUUCUUUCAACAUUUAUGAAACCAAUAAAUACCAUGGAGCGUCAAUACACCGGCACUUACAUUCCUGUACAAUAUAGUGGAGGAUCAAACACAUAUGAAAAAUACACGAAACUUACACCAAAAUGGCGUUUGGAAUUAAUCAAAUCCUUUGAUAGAAGUGGUAAAAAAAAAUCAAUCAAUAAUAAUAAACGAAAUAAUCCUGAUGUUAUGCAUGUAUCUGUAAGAAGUGGCCAACCUGGUUAUAAUCGGCCCACUUUUGUUAGAAUUGCUGUUAGAGAACCAUCCAAAGUAGAUGUUCGAAUUAAAACUUGGGAACAAUUGUGUCAUGAAUAA